UGAAAAGUUUGAUGUAUUUUCACUCGGAAUGUUACGCAUUCAUUUGCAAACAACGUAUCGUUAGGGGUACACGUUUAAGGAAAUUUAUUUCUUGACAAUGAAAGCAUUCGUGUUUAGUGUUCUGUUUGUAAGUGUUCUAGGUCGGUGCGAAUGCUGUACGUGCGUGGUAAGGCCCAUUUUGGUUCAGGGCUGUGCAUCAGAUUUUAUAAUCAAGACAAAAGUAAAAAGUGAACUUCGAGAUCCGGCGGAUCCCGAAGAUUUUAACGGUUUCUACUAUAAGAUUAACAAACCAAGCUAUUCAAAUAUAUACAAGUUCAAUUAUCUGUCUGACGUUUCAUCGGCGAACAAAGCGAGAGUAUACACAAGUGGGAGUACCGCAGCGUGCGGCGUCUAUUUAGAAGAGGGAAAGACAUACAUCCUGUCAGGGAGUGUAAAUAAAGAAAAGCAGCGCAUGGAAACCAACUCGUGUUCAUCUUGGGUGGAGGAGACGAGUCAAAUCAGUCCAGAAUCGCAGCAACUGUUGAUGCAGUUUCAACAAGAAACCGUUGAAUGUCCGCAGGAAAAUUAAGCGGAAACGAGGACAUACAUAAGGACAUGCUUUGCUAACUUAAUUGUACAUUGCUGAACCGUGUAAAAGGCACAGUAAACGAAAGAAAACACCAUUUUGUCUUUUCGUUAACCAUUUUAUGAAUCGCGGUUUAAUAACGGUAUGACGGGUUGAUUCAUAAUUUAACUAGAAAUGGCGCGGCAGAGGCCGACGCGUAUCCCCACGCCGCAUAGAUGUUAUAAUAAAAGGUAAUUUUGGGUGGGCAAGGCCUAUGUUUGAUGGGGCCCCGGGGUGUGUAAUGUAGACAUGGAUGGUCGAGAUAGACCCUGUUGUCAUAAGAGAUGCUCAGUAUUAAGUUGAAUUCAAUUGGUGAAUAAAUGAAGAAGUUCUGUUAAAACAAAAAUUUUGGGUGGGCGUGGUCUAUGUGGGCGGGGCGCCCAUGGGUUGGUAUUGGGGCUAUGCAUAGUUGAGAUUGACCGUAUGGUCAUAAGAGAAGUUUAGUAUCAAUUAGAAGUGAAUCGGUGAAGAAAUGAAGAAGUUAAUAUAAAAUGACGUAAAAAAUGAAUGAAAAUCUCUGACCUGGCCCCAUCCCAACCCCCAUAACUUUUGAUCCAGGGGUCAGAUCAAAAUUCAAAAUAGUGCACUGUCGCACAUAUUCUCAAAGCUACCAUGCGUUUAAGUUUCAAGGUUCUAGUGCUAAUAGUGUAGGAGAAGAUAGUGGCCAGGACGGACGGACAGACGGCGGAGAUAACCACAUAAUCCCCCCGCUCCAAUUUGGAGCGUGGGGAUAAUCAAUGAAUAAUAAGAAUCAAAGUACUGACAGUACUGGUGUGACGAUGCUUUUGAAGAGGAUGGAUAUAAAAGCAUCAAUUUAAGUUUAUCUACAUCACCACAAUCGUGUAUGUGGGUACGAACAAAAAUUGGGAACGAAAA